AUGGCGCCUCCAUCUUUCCGUGACCUUCUUGGCAUGCCCGCCUCUACGGCUUCGACUAGCGACUCUGCCCUUCUCAUCAUUGACGCCCAAAAUGAAUAUUCAUCCGGCGCACUUACCGUAACAAAUGCCGCAGCAAGCGGAAAGGUUAUCGCCGACCUUCUCGACAAGUACCGCAAAGCAAACGGCAAGAUCAUCCACAUCCUGCACCAGACACCCGAAGGCGCACCCGUCUUCACGCCUGGCACUGACCUGGCGGAAGAGUUCAAGGAGGUCAAAGCACAGGACGGAGAAGAGAAGAUCUGGAAAAACUACCCCGGAUCCUUUGAACAGACGUCUCUGCAUGAGACAUUAGAGAAGAUGGGUGUUAAGAAGCUUGUCCUGACUGGUUACAUGGCACACGUCUGCGUGUCUACAACUGCACGUGAGGCUUUCCAGAAGGGAUACGAAGUCGUUCUGGUAGAGGAUGCCAUCGGCGAUCGUGAUAUACCUGGUGUUAAGGGCGACGAGGUCACCAGGGUGGCGCUGGCAGAGCUAGCGGAUGUGUUUGGCACAGUUGUCAAGAGCGCUGAUAUUAAGUAG